GAUACAUCGUCCGGAUGUAGUCAAUGCGCAGGUCUUGUUGUCACUGGCAACACAAAUAACUGUUUCUUGUCGUCGUAAUUUUUGUAAACAAACAUUAACUGUUGUAUUUAAUAAGCUUUCAGUGUAGAAGAUAACAUGUCCAUGGAACAAUCACAGCAGAUGGCUGCAGAGGAUGGAGCCACAUGUGGAAAUGAGAAAACAUCAGAUUAUUACAGAACAUCAAAUAUACCAAACAGAUUUGAAAAUCCAGACUGGUUCCAGGGAUAUGGAGGAAAACAACAGCACCCCAUGUACAGAACAACUUCAAUGACAUACGGUCAAAAAGCUCCCUCUGUUCACACAAUGCCAACAUCUUUCUAUUGCAGAUCUCAAAAAUUCUCAGAACAUUUAGGUACCUGUGGCAUGUAUAGAAAUCACUCCCUCAACACAGCACAGGACAACAGCAAAGUCUAACAAAACAGUAUUUUUAAACAUAGAAAAAAUCAUGUAUACAAUUACUCUCAAUUUUUUUUUAAAAGUGAAAUAAAGAAAUGAUAACCCCACCCUAAAGUCAGUUAGUGUCUUAUUGAAGUGGACAAAGAAAGAAAAAACACCUAUGACCAUAAUGCUUUAGGUAUGUGGUAAAUAUUGAAGAAACAUGAUAAAUGAAUAUAAAAGCAAUUUUAAGUACAAUUUUCUGUGUUUAACUUCUAGGGCUUGAAGGAUUAUGUACAUAUAGUUAAAGCAGGACUUUAUGAAAUACAGCUUUUUGUAUGGUAAGAAUAUAAAUAUACUUUUAACAGUGCAAGAUGUGGUAGAUCUCCCUUGUAACGGAACAACACUAUGAUCAGACUUUUUGCUUGGUUAAAAGUUCGCUGUAUUUGAAAUUGGUUUUGUUUCGCAAAGUAUAAUUUUUGCGAUAUUUGGCCAUCUGGUGAAAUGUAUACAUAUUUAUGAUAAUAAUAGCUCUUUCAUCAGCAGUGACAGCAAAUAAAGCGCCAAUAAAGUCGAUCCCUCCUAAAAUUUCUGAUGUGACAAAUGUUACACAAACUGCAUGUAUAUUAAUUAAUAAUUACAUGUAUGUAAAAGUGUAGGCAGAAAAUAAUGAGACGCACAUUCUAUACAGUUCUAAUCUAACAUACCGGUAGGUAUCUGUCAGUAAUAUUAUUCAAGUAGUUCCAUUUCAGUCUGUUUUGUAUGCGCAGUGUUAACAGUAUUUAGAUGCUAAUGAAAAGAGCUAUUAAAAAUUGUACAUGUAUAAACACAAUGCUCAAUACGGUGAAUAUCUCCUUUAUAGAAAGAAAAGUGUUUACCUACGUUUGUGAGAAAUGCAUGCUAUGGCAGUGAUGAUGAAAUUAACGACACUGCUGCUUGUCACAAAAUGAAUUUUAAUAUUAUUUUAUAAAGAAACACAACGGAUUUGUUUAUAGUAUGUGUAUAAUUGUGCAGAAUACAGAAUGUAUGAGUGAAUUUGUUCUAUCUUUUUUUAAAUAGAAUUGUUGGACAGAGGUUCUAUAUAUUGUUUCUUUUUCACCACUUAUUGCUACUUCACAUAAAAUUGUUGAUUUUCAUGUGUUUUCUGUGAUAGAGUAGAAAUGUUGAAUAAAAUGCUGUCAAAUGAAAAACAA